AUGUCUCCUUCGAAGGCUGCAAAAUCGAGGCGUUCGCCUGGAAGGAAAUCGCGCAUUGUGGGAAACCGCAGCGCUCCCUCCCUCGGCGAUAGCGAUUCAAGUGCGUCCAUCUCGACAGUUCUUGGUCCCAGAAUCGUGAAGAAGCCGUCUACUCCCCGCCUCGAUAAACGCAAAUUCGUCAAUUCUGGCCACGGAAACCACAAAAAACGAAAGCCGUCUUCUGCUCUAAGUGAAGGUCCUUUUUCCGACAGCGAUGUCGAUAAUAAUAAUGAUGAUGAUGACGACGAUGACGAUGAUAAUGAAGAUGUCAUUGAUGAGGAUAGUGAACAAUCCGAUGUUUUUGCCCCGUCUUAUGGCCGGAAGCCAGGGAGAAACCGUAAGACGGGGCGUCGGGGUGGCUUGUCACUCCUUAAAGACCGAAAACGUGUUAAACUUCGACAUUCUGGUUAUGGGAGCUGCGCUGAAAACAGCUCUGCUAGUUCCGCCAGUGCUCUCAGUUCGGUCAAGUCAAUAGACUUGGAUUCGGAUGACGGAUAUGAAGCUGUAAAUGAUGUUAGCGAUGCAGAUGAUGAAGAACAGGAGAUUGAGCUGAUGGAAGAAGAGUUGAUUUUGGAUUCGGAGUACGAGCGUGACUUGGAGAAGACUGUUACCUCUGCAAUUGCAUCUGGAGUUCCAGAUGAAUGGUUAGGAUUCGAUGACAUUGAAAACCGUCCUCUUUACUCUACUGGUUCGUUCUUUGAGGACGACCAGCUAUUCUUGCAAUCGAGCAAUAUUGACGCUGUCGAAGAUCAUGCCUUGGCAAGCACCACUGUGGAUGAACCUGUGCGACAUGUUCACUUCGCCGAAUCGGAUGAUUCAACAGACUCUGAUAAAACCACCGAUGAUGAGCUUAUGUCUGAUUUCCUGCAACAAGAUGCCCUUGACCCAGACCUACGAAGAAUGAUCGAGAAUGAUUCUGAACCAGUCCGUCGCCCAAUUUCCAGCGACCUGCAGGUUUCACAGGAUUUCUAUGAUCUCCCAGGCAAUAUCUAUCACGUGGAGACAGAAUCCUCCGUUGCAAGCUCCAGUGGUUAUGAAUCGGAUUGUGGUGAGACAACAGACGAGGAUUUACCUCCCCCAGCAACUAUCACUCAUCCUCGAUCUAUCUUACGUCGCGACUCGAGCGCAUCAUUGCCACCUUUCGUAGAAGCAUCUACCCAGCGCUCACAACCAUUACGACGGCGUGGACCUUUAAGGGGCACUUUCGUUGCUGAUCCCCAUAAGCCAGUUGCCGUCGUUGCCCCUAACGGCGCUCAAUUAAUCCUCAUUCCCCCCUAUUCAACUUCUAGACACGACUGGCUUGAGUCAGCUACCCAAAGCUUGUGCAACACCGCCAGCAACAGUCCACGACCUGCCGCCGCCACCCUUGCUGAUGACAGUGACACCGACGCCGUGCUAUCGCCAAUGCAUCCCAACAACCUAAGCCCAAUGCUUUCCUCUAAUGCCAACCUCAUGAUAACUGCCCUGGGGAGCGAUUCUGUCGGCCAGAUAACUGGUCCUCCUGAGGCAUUCUAUCCUUCCCAUGGUCUUCUUAGCUUCGACGGGGAAGACGAGGAUGAUGAUAGUGAAGGAGUCCUGAACGUAAAUGAUUUUAUCGACUUCGGAAAUGGCUCCUCCGAUGAAGAAGACCUGGACAAAGAUUUCGACAUCGAUGAGGACAUCGCCUCCGCAGUCGUAGCGGGCUCCUCGUCAUUGACCAUGAACAACAUCUCAAUGAAAACAGAGUUCACUCCUCCAGUUAAUAACAAUAGCGCAGAGCGCCUCUUGAACCACCUUGACAGGGGCAUCGUGACUGCAUUCCGCCGCAACCACUCACGCUACCAAGCUCUCAUCCGACUGCCUCAACACCGUGAGUUUGUACCGGCAAACUCGCCUUCCCGUCCUGCCAGCGUCUUCAGACGCAGUAAAUAUAUCGACAGCACAACCCCCACCAGAAAGCGGACAGAACUAACAUAUUCUGGCGGCGAAGCGGUUCGUCGAAAAAUUGUCGAGUCACACCGCAACAAAUCAAUCGCCUUCUAA